GUCGGUUACGCGUUCGUGAGUUUCCGGGACCCCGCCGAGUGCGCGCUCUUUGUGUCGCAGUUCCACGGUGCUAGCAGCGCGGAGAUGUUGCCCGGCUUCAACAGCAAGAAGGUGUGUCAGGUCUCCCCUGCUCGCCACCAGGGCUGCAAGGAGAACGUCCGUCGCCUGCAGGCCAGCCCUGUCAUGGCCGAGCUGGCGCGGAACCCCGAGUGGCUCCCCAGGUGGCCCCGCCGGAGCACGAGGAUGCCGCGCGUCGUGCACCGCGGGGCGCGGUGCGCGCAGUUGGGUGACGCAGGCUCUUUGAUGACCAGGGCGAGCCAGUGGAGUUCCCGCUGCCGUGCUGCAGGACCCCCAAGGCCACGCGCCAGCCGCUCCAGCGGCAUCACAAGACCGCCCGCGGCGGGGAGGGCCACGGCAAGGCC